CUCACGAAUUACUUCGUCAACACUAUCAUCACGGCGCUCCAGGGGCCGACCUGGCAGACGCUACUCGAGAGGAUCGGAGAGGAUGCCAUGUUUCAUCUCCUCGUUGAUACCUCAAUCUUUGUUCCCCUGCCCAAUGGCUGUCUCUGCCAAAUGACCGGUGAGGCAAUCGUCAACCUACGGCCUCCA